AUCCGCUCAUUAUUAUUUUCUUUGUUGUCCUUCCAACCUUCCCAAGUUCCACAAAAAUACACCCAAUAAACCAAACAUCAUCUAAUAAUUAUAAGCUCAAAAUUAUACAUGUAACACUUCUCUCAAAACCCUCAUUUUCUUGCCAACCAAACACUCUAUAUCUCUUUCUUCUCUCUCUAGCCUCCAUGGCUAGUGCGGCUAGUGCUACUACUACUAAUACUACCGAUCUUCACCAUCAAUACCAGAGAGAAAUAUCUUUCAAUACUUACAAUACCAGGCAGUACUUCACAGAUGAAGAGACUAGCGACGAAGGAGACGAUGUAGGAGAGAGAGAAAAAAUACUAGAAGAAGAUGAGGAACUAAUAGAUGGUGAGGACAGCGAUGAAAAUAAGUACGACAAAGAAUCCAAGAGGCGCGGAGGCGGAGGAGGAGGGCGGUGGUGGUUGGGUGAAGGGGCGGCGCGUGUGUUGGACCCGAGGGCGAAGUGGGUCCAGGAAUGGAACAGGGUGUUCUUGUUGGUGUGCGCCACUGGGCUUUUUGUGGACCCGCUCUUCUUCUACGCCCUAUCAGUAAGCGACACGUGUAUGUGUCUCUUCGUCGAUGGGUGGUUCGCCGUAACGGUAACGGUCCUCAGGUGCAUGACGGACGCCUUACACGUGUGGAACAUGUGGCUACAGCUGAAGAUGGCGAAACGGUCGUUUUCCGUGGUUAGCGCCGUGGAUGGGACCGGUGCCGCUGGCUCCGCCGCUAGCGGGAUGAGUGAUGCCGCCUCGUCUAGGUCUGUGGCUUUAAGGUACUUGAAAGCCAAGAGAGGCUUUCUGUUUGACCUCUUUGUCAUUCUUCCUUUGCCUCAGAUUGUACUAUGGGUAGCAAUUCCAUCUCUAUUAGAAAAAGGAUCAGUGACGAUAGUAAUGACGGUGUUCUUAAUAAUAUUUCUGUUCCAAUAUCUCCCAAAGAUUUACCACUCCGUCUGCCUCUUGCGUCGCAUGCAAAACCUCUCUGGUUACAUCUUUGGAACUGUUUGGUGGGGCAUUGCUCUAAACAUGAUUGCAUAUUUUGUCGCCUCCCACGCUGCAGGAGCAUGUUGGUAUCUGUUGGGUAUCCAAAGAGCAACACAGUGCUUAAAAGAGCAAUGUAGAAAGACAAGUGGGUGUGGAGUAGGAAUAUUGUCUUGUCAAGAGCCUAUUUACUAUGGGAGUACAAGAAUGGUGAGAGGGGAGGCUAGAGUUGGAUGGGCACUCAACAAGCAGGUAAGGUCUGCCUGCUUAGACAGCGCAGAUAACUACAACUACGGGGCAUAUAGGUGGACCGUUCAGCUUGUCACCAACACCAACCGCUUGGAAAAAAUGCUUUUUCCAAUCUUUUGGGGCCUCAUGACUCUCAGCACAUUUGGGAACUUAGAGAGCACAACCGAAUGGUUAGAAGUUGUGUUCAAUAUCAUUGUCUUGACUAGUGGACUCCUUUUAGUUACCAUGUUGAUUGGAAACAUCAAGGUGUUUCUGCAUGCAACCACGUCCAAAAAACAAGCAAUGCAACUCAAGAUGAGGAACAUAGAGUGGUGGAUGAGGAAGAGGCAUUUGCCUCCGGGCUUCAGGCAACGUGUUCGGAACUAUGAGCGCCAGCGUUGGGCCGCCAUGCGCGGCGUCGAUGAAUGUGAGAUGAUUAGGAACCUUCCUGAGGGUCUUAGGAGAGACAUCAAGUAUCAUCUCUGCUUAGAUUUAGUUAGACAGGUACCUCUGUUCCAACACAUGGAUGAUCUGGUCCUUGAGAAUAUAUGCGACCGUGUCAAAUCCCUCAUUUUCACCAAGGGAGAAACGAUAACAAGAGAAGGCGACCCAGUUCAGAGAAUGCUGUUUGUAGUAAGAGGGCAUCUCCAAAGCACCCAAGUGCUCCGAGACGGUCUCAAAAGUUUCUGCAUGUUGGGCCCCGGAAACUUCAGUGGCGACGAGCUCCUCUCAUGGUGUCUCCGCCGACCUUUCAUCGAAAGACUCCCACCAUCCUCCUCCACACUCAUAACUCUAGAAACCACAGAGGCCUUUGGCCUGGAAGCCGAGGACGUCAAGUACGUCACCCAACACUUCCGCUACACAUUCGUGAACGAGAAAGUUAAGCGCAGCGCGAGGUACUACUCUCCUGGGUGGCGGACAUGGGCGGCGGUGGCCAUUCAGUUGGCUUGGAGAAGGUACAAGCAUAGGUUGACUUUGACUUCGCUGUCGUUUAUUAGGCCUAGGAGACCUCUGUCGAGGUGUUCGUCUUUGGGGGAAGACCGGCUUAGGAUUUAUACUGCUUUGUUAACUUCGCCAAAGCCAAACCAAGAUGACUUUGAUUUUUGAGAUACUCAAUCGUGUGUUACUAUAUAUACUCUGUUUUUGUUCAUAAUAAAAAGUUACUAUAUAUUUUUA